UCCCUUUGUUAGCACUGGUUCUCUAUAGUGUUUUCCGGAUAAUCAUGGUCUGAUGCUCUUGGUAUUUAUUUAUCCAUUUACACGUGAUGUGAACACAACUGUCAUAUCAUAUGCAAGCGAUUCACUGUCCUUUUCCAACUAACUUCAAACUCUCUCGCCUUUAUAUAAACCCUAGGUACGUACGUUCUCUCGUCACACUCACUGAGACACAAACCCACGUGUCAAUGACCUCGUCAUCCAUCAAACAACCGUCUCCGGUGGAGGAGGAGAACCGCCAUCACCCAGAUCAAGAAGAAUCCCACCGAACUAACAACAAGAAACGGGUUAGACCCGACCCGGGUUAUCGAGGCGUCAGGAUGCGUACGUGGGGCAAAUGGGUCUCCGAGAUCCGUGAGCCACGCAAGAAGAGCCGUAUCUGGCUCGGCACUUUCUCCACGGCGGAGAUGGCAGCGCGUGCACACGACGCGGCUGCUCUCACCAUCAAAGGAACCUCCGCUGUCCUCAACUUCCCGGAGCUCGCCACUUACCUUCCCCGUCCAGCUUCCUCCUCUCCCCGUGACGUCCAAGCCGCAGCCGCCGUAGCCGCCGCCAUGGAUCCCACCACCGUCGUCGUCUCGGAGAUGCACUUGUCUUCAGUGAGUAGCUACUCGACGUCUACGAUGUCUUCAUUGUUGUCACCGUCAAGUGAAGAAGCAGCGUCAUCGACGACGGCGGAAGAACUGAGCGAGAUAGUGGAGUUACCGAGUCUUGAGACGAGUUACGAUGAGAUGUGGAGCGAGUUCGUGUACGUUGACCCGGAGUAUCCUCCUAGUUCGCCUUGGUAUUUUAAUAACUCAUGUUUUUAUUACCACAGCGACGAAACUGGCACUUCGAUGCCUGAACCUUUUGAGUCUUCCAAUUUUGGCCCCCUUUUUCCUUAGUUUUCUUUUCUAAUGUAAUACAUCUUUUAAAACUGUUCAUUUUAGCCCAAUUUUCGCAGAUUAAUAUACUCGAUUAAAUAUGAUUUUAUCAUACAGUAUUAUUUUAUAUAGCGUUAUACUCGGAUUUUCAAAAACGAAAGCUAAAACAAAUCACGCAAUAUCUAACACGCAAAUGUGAUUAGUAUUAGACGAAAACUACCUUUUCUAUUAAGCAAAAACAUGCACUUUUGUGUGCUUUUACUUUUUAGAGAGUCAAACUAUUUAUAUGAUCAAGGUAUAUAUAGGCUGGAUAUAGUUAGAAUGUGAAGUUUAUACUAAAUAACUAGAUAUAAUCCGCGCCGUGCGGGACAUGAAUAAUUUAUUAGAUUAUUUAUUAUAUGUUGUACUAAUUGAUUCAUAUAGCUUUUUCUACGGAUGUUUAUUCAAAUAUCCGUUCGGAUUCAAAAAAAAUUCUCAGAGGAGAUCCGGACCCAAUUUUUUCUGAUCCUUCGAUAAAAAGAUUCAUUUUCUUCAUAAAAAAUAGGAGGUUCUCGUAUUUCUCGAAAAAGUGAUUCGAUUGACGGGAUUUGGUAUGAUACUUAUGAAAUCGAUGAUAUUGAUGAAGUUUAUUUUCAAAUUUGUCUUCUUAGAACGUCUCUUGCUAAUAAACUUUUCGGCCUCAUAUAAGAAUGGAAAACUUGAGCAUUUCUGCAUUGGUGGAUGAAGAAUCGCAAACAUAAUAAUUUUUGGUUAACCAUGUUCCCAGAAAAAGAUACUUUCGAGAAAGGAGGAGCACGGCUGAAGUGGCUAUACAUACAAAUCUAUUUACGGAUCUAUAUGCUUCGAUUGGAUUCAGUUAAUAUAUUUGGGUUUCAGAUUUUUAGAGUUAGAAAUUUAGAUCGUAUCGAAAAUUUACAAAUUUUGGUUUAGAUUUGGUUGAAAUUAU